UUUCCUGGUCAGCAGCCGCUGGCUCGUGCCAACGGUCAAGAGAGGCAGAAGAAAUCCCUUCAGAACAGCUCCCUCUCAAAAGACACCCUUCUGCUUGAUGAACCGCAGGGAAAGGCGUCCUAAACCAGGCACUUUGACCUUGUUUUCAGCCCAGGUUCCCAGUGCUGGUGCACUCGUGAGCCAGUCGCUGCCCAUCUGCCACCAAGGGGAAUCGCCUCCGAGGCCAGCUGUGCCAUGGGGAAAGGAAAGGGUGAGACGUCGGGAGAGUUUCAUUUAGUGCACAACACGGAUAAAGCCAUUCUUUCUGCAAUUAAAACUGAGGGUAUUUAAUUGAGUGAAAUGAGAUUUCAUUCCCCAUGACCUGUCUGAUUGUACUUUGAAUCUGGGCACGGGCUGCAGUGACCUGCCACAACAUUUGAGGUGUCACCAGCUGCAUUGUAGGUGGUAAAGUGGGAAAGGCAGGAGGGAGCCUCAGCAUCUCCCAUCCCGUGGGUGACUUCAUCACAAAGGACCAGGGCGGCGCCCGCUGGCUCCUGGGGCGGCUGUUGCCAGGCAACAGAGACACUAUAUUGUCCCCUGUCACCUGUGCCCCUCGCCCAUUUGGUCACUGGCCGUGGUGGGAUCACUUGCCGUGGUGGGAUCACUGUGGUGGUGGACUCAUUUUGGCAGUUGGAUCGCUUUCGUGGUGGGAUCGCUAUUGGUGGUUGCACCACUUUUGGUGGUAGGAUCGCUACUGGUGGUUGAACCACUUCUGGUGGUUGAACUGCUGUUGGUGGUUUUAUCACUUUCGGAACUUGGAUCUGUUUGGCGACUGGAUCACUUUCAUCACUCGGAUUGCUUUUGGCACUUGGAUCUGUUUGGUGACUGGAUCACUUUCUGUGGCAAGGAGGAGGAGGAGAAAGGCUGCUGGCUGCCCAUCCCUCCAACAUCAUCUCCGGACAGAAGAGCUCCCGUCUUCCCACAUCCAGUUCAGUGUUUUCGGGCAGAGCAGCAGCGAUGGCCACACGUGGACUGCUGGAGAUGCUGAACGCCGCCAUGGGGACACCCCAUUUGGGGGUUGUCGACUUGGUGGCACUGCACAAAUUGCUUGAGGCCAUCAUCGGGCAGCUGGGCCAGCAGGAGCUGUCUGUCCUGGAGCCAGAGCAGAGCCCGACCCCCGGCCUGGCAAAGGAUCAGGACAGCAAGGCCCAGCCUGGCCAGGAGAAGGAGGAGGAUGGAGCCGUGGGCACAGGGCAGCAGCUCUGGAAACCAAAGCAGCAGCUGGAUGAGAAGGACAUGCUGGAGGGGACCAGGAGCAACUCCAAGGUCUCCUCCGUGGCCAAGGAGGCCACGCCAAAAACAACGGAAGAGGAGAAGAGAGAUGUCCCCAAGAAAAGGGCUUCGCUCCAGGACCUGUGGGAGGAGAUCAGCAAGUUUAAGGAGGCGCAGUCCAGCCUGGAACAGGACGUGCGGGAGAUGAAGGAGGCCAUGCAGGAGGCGCAUUCUGGCCUGGAACAGGACAUCCAGGAGGUGAAGGAGGCGCAUGUCGGCCUGGCAGAGGACAUGCAUGCCCUGCAGGAGGCGCAUUCUGGCCUGGCGGAGGACAUCCAGGAGAUCCAGGAGACGCUUGGCCUGGAGGGUGCUGGGGGCCAGUCUGCCCCCGCUGAGCCCACCCAGGUGGCCAUGGACAGCCAGGCCAGGAGGAGCUCAGCACUGGAGCCAAAGGGACGUGGGACACAGCCUGGGAUGGAGACCAGCAAGGGGACUGCAGGGUCUGGCUCCCCGGGGAUGCAAGCAGGGAUACAGGGGCAACCAGCGACCCCUGUGAAGUUGUCAGGCGCUCCCUCCAUUCACAAGAGGUCUAUUGGUGCCAGCGCCACCACCCCGGGGAUGCAGCCAGGAUCCCCGGGCACCCAGGCCAGCACCUCCCUGGGGACACAACCAGGGGCCCCUGAUGCCCAGGCCAGCACCGCGGGGAUGCAGGCAGGAUCCCCUGGGACCCACACCACCACCCCUGGGGUGCAGCCUGGGUCCUCCAGCUCCAAAGCCACCAUCCCAGGGGAUGCCCAAGAGCUGGCCAAGCCCUGGGGCUCCACCAGCACCUCAAGCUACGAGUCGGAGAUGCGGGAGGUGCUGUCACAGGUUGGGCAGCUCGGCCAGCUCUGCGCUGGUCUGAAGGAACAGGUGGAGCAGCUUAAAUCUACAAAAGCAGAAAGCACAGAUCUUGAGGACGUGCGCCGGCUCUUCCCAAAGGGAGGCCGGCAGAGCAUCACCAGCAUCCUGGCCGACCUCAGGUGCCAGGUGUCCUUCCUGCAGGACAUGGCCAGGGCCCUCCACGGGGAGAAGGAGAAGAUCAGCAAGGUGGAGGAUGCUCCCAGAAAGACGAGGGGGUCUGGAGCCGGUAGGAAAGCAGACGGCAGUGGCCAGAUGACCCAACAGCCACGGCCCAAGGGACAGAAGGUCAAGGCAGAGCGCAAGGAGCUGGGGAAGCAGCAGGAGCCAACCCAGGCCGAGCUGGAGCAGUUUGCGGCCAAGUACGUGAAUAAGUUGGUGAUGGAGGCAGCGCAGCAGCUGCAGGCAGAGCAGGUGGACGAGCCGAGGACGACGGCGCAGAGCGGGGGACACGAACACGCAGGGUGCCACGUCUGCAGCCCGGACACCAGGGUGCUGCUGGGAAAGCUCCUCCAGCGCUGCGAGAAGCUCGAGGAGCAGGUGGAGUCCCUGGUCCAGAAGGCGGGCAGCAAGGUGGAGAGUCAUCCGAAGUGGAGGAGACAGUCCCUGCAGCAGGACGAGCAACUCAAGUGCCUCCAGGCCAGCAUCAUGCAGCUACAAAAGGACUAUGAGAAGUUGAGCUCGGCCCUUGCAAACCUCCAGCAGGAUCGUCAGCAGAAGCAGAAUGACAUCAAGGCUCUGUCCCAGGCCCUGGGGAGGCUGGAGAAGAAGCAAGCAGACAAGGAGGAGAUGCUGGUGCUGGGAAUCGAUGAGAAAGCAGACAAAGCCGCCCUGGCUGACAAAGUCAGUCGCAGCCAGCUUGAGGCGUGCGAGGAGCGGCUGACCAAGAUGAUGGAGGAGGUGACGAGCCAGGUGACGGGCCAGGAGAAGGGCUGGCACCAGUUCCAGCGAGAGCUGCAGAGACAGAUGGACUGCAAGCUGGACCGCCGGGAGCUGGGGGCGUUCCGGCAGCAGCAGGAGGAGCGGUGGAAGAGCCUCAGCGGGCAGCUCCAGGAGAAGGCGCUGCAGGCAGAGCGUGACGAUGCCGCUGGGAUUAGGAAGCAGCUGCUGCCCGGUUUCCAUUGCCUGUCCUGCGACCGGCCCCUCAACAUGCUGGCACCUGGACCGGAGCGGACAGGCGAGUGUAGAUACCCCACUGUUCCGCGGAGCUGCGGAGGCCAACACACCGUCACGCCCCCGCGUUUCCAGCCCAAACCGCCCAGCACCCCACGGCCAUCCAAACCCAGUGCCCGCAGCCCCAACAAGAAGGACGCGAUGCAGCUGUCGGGCCAGGACGGCACUGAUGGGAACCAGCAGGACGAGCAGCUCUCCAUGAUGGGGGGCUCUGAGCUGCCCACAAUGCCAAGGGCCACCCCAGACACCCCGACCUCCAGGAACCGGCCAAGCACCCGCUCCUCGCUGAGAUCAGCCGUGCUGCAGCACCUACCAGUCUCGUCUCCCAGACGCUUCACCCUGGCACCGCAGCUGCUGCCGCCCAUCCCGCCCCCCCGCCGUGAACCAACCCCCUGACAGCCGGGCAGGACGGGGUCCCGGCCCCGGUCCCACCGCCCCGGGCACUGAGCAGGCAGCGGCUGCAAUAAAUGGCGAUGGGAAACCAA